AUGAGUAGAAACGAACGAAAUAUGAAGAAAAAGGAAGCUAAAGAAAAAGUAGAGGCGGCUGCUAAGGAGAAACAAGAGAAGAUUGCAGCUGCCAAGCAGGAAACCGAAGAAAGCGUUUGGUACUACACUUUCCUCAUUCAAAUCUGUGCCGUGUUCUAUCAUCUACUAUGUUAUGGCUCGUCGAAUGACAAGAAUCCACUGACGAGUGAGAACCUGGUUGCUGCUGUGGUUAUUGCCAUCGCCAACCUAGUGUCACUCUAUUUGAGCCAACAGAACUCAAUUGCCUUCGAAAGUAUCCAAGACUAUGUUGUGCUCUGUCAAAUCGGGUGGGUGAUGAACAUGUGUUCUAAGCUUCCAAGUGAUCAGAUCUUAUUCUGUAGAACGACACCGGAAAAGUUGACCCUGAAGUGUAUUUCUUACUUCAUCAUGAUGAUCAUCACUUUCGCCCAAAUGCGUCACUACUAUCUCUACAACAAGUAUAUGAACAAAGACCACGAGAAGCUUAAGAAAUUCAAAAAGUGA